AUGUAUGCACUCGGGCAAGGCUCUGAGUCCCCAAGACAUGGUACACCGCAAGAUCAUAACCCGCGGAAGCGAGGGCGUACGGCAUGCACACGCUGCAAGACUCGGAAGCAGAAAUGCGACAAUGAAUACCCGACCUGUACCAAUUGCUUGAAAGCCGGAGUCAAUUGCGAUAAAUCUAGCGUGCGCGAAGACGCCGACCGUCAGAAUGAUUACACACGCGUGUUGGAAGAGCGCGUGGCAUUUCUCGAGGGCCGGCUUAAUCAAUCCGACUCAGACCGGAAUGCUGCAAAUCCCACGCCGUCUCUCAUUACUCCCCACGCUCAUACCAUGCCACAGACCUCUACCCCGGGACUUGAUAACAAUCCUGUCGGAGAGAUCGUGGGGCUGCUGGCUCUGAGCUCUUCUGAAGCUCCUGCAUAUGUCGGAGCCAGCUCUGGUCUUUCUCUUGCUGCGGACCUGGGCGAGAUGGUUCAAACGAGUGUUUGGAACCAGUUCAUCUCGAAAAUGCAGCAACAACAGAAUAAAAGCCUGAUAAAAAAUUCUCGGAAUGCAACUGGUCAAGUCCAUGGACCAUCGGAGCAGCCUACUGCUCCAAAAAUUCAAGAUCGAUCCAGGGUGGAAGAACUGCUGCCAGCAAACGUUGAACCACCCACCGACGAGAUGGGGACAAGAAUUCUCGACACCUACUUCACUCGCCUCCACUCUCGAUAUCCUUUCCUCAGACGCAAAGAGGUAUACAAGAUCCACGAGGAGCGAUGGCGACUGGCGAAGACCAAGAGAGAGGACCUCACAAAGCCAGACCAAUUUGCCAUCUUCAAACUCAACAUGGUGUACGCAAUCGGUGCCACCAUGCUUCAAUUAACCGAAAAAUAUGCUUAUACAGCACCAGAGCGAUUUUACAACGCUGCAUUGAAGCAUGUUCCCACAAUGUGCGAGGCGCGAUCUAUUAAGAACAUCGAGGCCAUGGUUCUUCUUGUUGUCUAUCAUAUCAGGACUGCAUCAAGCCACGGCAUGUGGUAUAUGAUUGGCCUCGCCAUGCGGACUGCCAUUGACUUGGGUCUUCACCGCAAGGCGAACGAAAGCAAUCUGGACCCCUUCACAACACAGAUGCGACGAAGGCUUUUCUGGAGCGUGUAUUAUUUGGAGCGGGUGGUUUCAAUGUCCCUCGGUCGCCCAUUCAGUCUAUCCGACCGUCAUAUUGACCUCGACCUACCUCUAGAUAUUGAUGAUGACAUUGAAGAUCCAGCGCUACUCACAGCACCACAGAACCCGAACACGACAACGACGCUAACAUUUGCAAUCUAUCUAUUUAAGCUCCGUCGCAUCGAUUCCAGGGUCCAACACAAGAUCUACCGCGCCGACCGACCUCUAUCAACCCUUCAACAAAAGAUGGACCCCUUAUAUCUCGAGCUCGAACAAUGGAAAGAAUCUGCGCUCCUACGAUUCAGCGGACCAGACCUCGACUACCCAAUGCUUCAUUACAACAGAGCCGUCCGACUACUCAUCCAACCCUUCCUACCCCUUCUCUCAAUAACGGACCCAUAUUACCGAAUCUGUCUCCUUGCAGCAGGAAACAUUUGCCAAUCUCACAAACGCCUCCAUCAGACGCUCGAAUACGGCCACUCGUUCCUAGCCGUUCAAACCGUCUUCAUGGCUGGCAUAACCCUUCUAUACGCUCUAUGGACGCACACAGAUCAAGUCUGGUCCAUUCGCAUGAGCAACGACAUUCGCGCCUGCUCGACAGUCCUAUUCGUCAUGGGCGAGCGCGCAGCCUGGGUCAAGAAAUACCGCGACGCUUUCGAAUUACUGGUCAACGCAGCCAUGGAGAAAUUACAAGGCGACGAGACUGCUCGCAAUGCCGGAAUGGCUGAAUUGAUGACCGCUCAAUAUGGCAUGAACUGGAAUUCUACGCCUGGAAUGCCUAAUAGCGAUAAAUUCUCUUCUGUCAACAUGCCUGGCCCUGCUCCUGAUAUGAAUCCCCCACAAACGCAGGCGCCUGAUAAUGAGACUGAGCAUGCGGUUAGGAUGGCAUUGCAGUUGGCGCCGUGGAUCGAUCAGAAUGAGAAUGAUCCGCUCUGGAUGCCGGAUUUUCAGACUCUCGAGAGCUCUUCUGGGACGUUUUGGAGUCACGCUGAUACACGGCUUUUUGAUGCUCUUUGA